UGACUGCGCAUGCGCAGCAGGCGGCUAUUUUAACUGACGCCCAAUGGCUGGAAAUGAUUCCAGAAGAUGGCGACCGCUGUAUUGACAACCUCCCUCCCUGCAAAUUCUGAAAAGAAUUAUGAAAAAUCUCUUCAGAAGGUUGUAAGUCCUGAAGUUUACAUCAAACAUCCUUUACAAAACAGGUGGGCUCUGUGGUUUUUCAAAAACGACAAAAGCAAAACAUGGCAGGCAAACCUUCGACUCAUUUCUAAGUUUGACACUGUGGAGGACUUCUGGGCAUUGUAUAACCAUAUCCAGCUAUCCAGUAACCUGAUGUCUGGGUGUGACUACUCGCUGUUCAAGGAUGGCAUUGAACCCAUGUGGGAGGAUGAAAGGAACCGACGAGGUGGUCGCUGGUUGAUAACUCUGUCCAAACAGCAGCGGAAAAAUGAUCUGGACCGGUUCUGGUUGGAGACGCUCUUAUGUCUUGUGGGUGAAGCAUUUGAUGAUCACAGUGAUGAUGUCUGUGGAGCCGUCAUUAAUGUAAGGGCCAAAGGGGAUAAAAUCGCAAUAUGGACAACAGACUUUGAAAACAAAGAGGCCAUCACACACAUUGGGCGGGUGUACAAGGAAAGGCUAGGCGUCCCUCCUAAAGUGAUCAUUGGCUACCAGUCGCAUGCAGAUACAGCCACCAAGAGCGGCUCCAAUACCAAGAACAAGUUUGUUGCCUAAGGACCUUUGGAUUCAUCUGUAAAUGUUUGCUUUUUCUUUCUUGACGGAAUCACAUUUUCUGUACUUUUUUCCAAGAUUGUAUCCGACAGAUUAUUCCACAAGGUAUUAAUGUUUUGUCUUUUGUUUGCUUAUUUGUCACUUGACCAAAGCUUUUGUUUGUGUAGACAGAAUAUGCAAUUAAAACUGUAGCACUUCUUUUGACACUUUAUGUUGGGGCAGUGAGCUGAAGAUGCAGUUUCCAGUGCAUUAGAAUUUGAUUUAAACUUAAGAUUUUCAGGGAAAUGUCAGUUUCUGAUUACAUGAAAUAAAGCAACAUAAUGGCUUGAGACAAAAUUUUAAUUUGAGUUGCUAUUUUGCCUGAAUGCAUUGGGUAUCCUUGAUCUUAUUGGCAUUGUCUAGAUGAGUAACAUUUCAAAGUGCUGCUAAACUUGAGUUCAGGUUGAAAUUAUUUAAGAGAAAACAAAAUGAAUGCAAAUUUUUGCCUUGAGUAUCAUCUUGAAAUUUAUCUUCACAUAGUUUAACUGCAAGAAAAAAAGUAUCCUGAGUAAAACAGAAAAAGUUAUGGCUCCUGUGACCAGCAGAAGGCCUAUGUCUUGAAAUCAAAGUCAUUCAAAGCUUUACCUUAUAUUUGCAUAUUAUUUUCAGUUGUAGAGCACUGAUGUUUAACUUUAUCUCUUGACCUUUACAUUGAAUGCUUUUCUGAAAAGUUUAAGCCCCAUAAUCUGCAGUUAAAGUAAAAUAUUUUUGGAAACUAAACUGUGCCUUCAGUCUUCAUGUCUGCCUUUUUACUUUUGCCAAGUAUGUUCAAAGGACCAAUGUAAAUAAACUGUAAAGUGACAUGUUCUGUAACAAAUGGAAAAUAAAUAAAGUAAGAUAUGUUUG